CACCACCACCACCACCACCACCCCCUCCGGGUAAUAAGGUCCAUGUAGAUUCCUCGGGUCACAAUCUGAAGCCAUUCCACUGGGAUGCUCUGCCCAAGGCCAGCGUGGAGGGCAAGCACAACAUCUGGACGGCCGAGCGCCCCCGCGGGGAGUACAAGCUGGACACAGACCGCAUGGAGGAGCUCUUCAGCCACGACAGCCCGGGGUUGGGCUCCAUGAAGACCAAGACCCUGCACCGCAUGAGCAUCAAGCCUACCUCUGCAGGCCGCGGGGAGGCGGUCACCAUUCUGAGCCAAAAGAGGAGCAUGAACGUAGGGAUUUUCCUGAAGCAGUUCCGGCGGCCAGUACGGGACAUGAUCGCAGAUAUCAGCUCAGGAACCAGUACCGGGUUUGGCACUGGGAAACUCAGGGAGCUGUGCAAGAUGCUCCCAGAGGAAGGAGAGGUGCGAGAUUUGAAAAAGUUUAAAGGCAAAGAAGCAGCCCUUGCCGAAGCCGAUCUGUUCAUGUUAAUGCUGGUCAAAACCCCGAGCUACGAAGAACGCCUCAACUGCCUGGUGCUGCAGGAAGAGUUCUUCCCCAUUAUGGAGGACAUGAAGCGGUCCAUAACUUUGUUGACAGCCGCUGCCAAGGAGCUCCUGGAGUGUGAAAAUCUUCACUCUGUCAUCCUUCUGGUGCGGAAAACGGGAAAUCACUUGAACGCUGGCAGCUACGCUGGCAGCGCCAUCGGCUUUCGCAUGUCAUCGCUCCUGAAACUAGUGGACACCAAAGCCAACAAACCUGGCAUGAACCUGAUGCAUUACGUUGUCAUGGAAGCCGAUAAGUACGACUCCAACCUGCUUCAGUUUCCUCAGCAGCUCAAACUUAUCGGAGCGGCUUCAAGGAUCAACAAGGAUGACAUCAGUGCAGAGUUUCAGAAAGAAGUCAAGCGAGUGCAAGUCGCCAAAGUGGAAGCAGAGAAACAGGAAAAUCUGAAGGCACUGAUGGAUGACUUCCUGAAGGGUGCUGCCUCCUUAGUGACUGAAAUGCAGCAGAGUCUGGAGGCGCUCAAUGCAGCCAGCGACAGCGUGGCCCAGUUCUUCGGCGAGGACCCCAGCAAGUUCAAACUCCAGGAGUGUUGCACCAUCUUCAGCACCUUCUGUGAGAAGUUCAUGAGGGCGAUCCAGGAGAACAAAGAUCGCAUCGCAUCGGAGAUCAAGAAAAAGAACCGGCUGCAUAUCGCUGCCAAGCGUCGCUCCACUGCCACCUGCGCCUGGGAAAAGGAGUCGAAGGGCAUGGAGCUCGAGUCCUUCCUGCACACCUUCGCCUCCAGCCGCUCAUCACGGAGGAGGAUAGGGAAGUUCGGGAAGGGCGGCCCUAACAAUGGGAGCCCUAACAAUGGGAGCCCUAACAAUGGGAGCCUUUCAGAGAUCUGUGCCGUGGCUAUGGCGGACCACACAGGUCCCAGCAGGAGUUUGGUCAUCCUAUCCGAGGAGAAGGGACCAAUCAGACAGGACUCCGCCGCCCCCAACCUGACAGACAGCUCUCGGCUCGACGAGCCACCGCCUCCAAGCAGGGUUAAGGAUAUUUCCUCAAAGACUCCCGAGGUUAAGCCUCCCAACGCAAAGUCGGACUGCGACGUUGCCGCGAUCGCCGCCAUGAAGCCGGACGGCAGCAGCACUACGGGGGGGCGCGUCGUUGGGAUGCAUAACCGGGAGGAGCAGGAGCAGGAGGCGGAGCCGGUCGGCAACACGCCGGAGGAGGCGCAGAAGCUGCGCGAGGCGUCCAGGAAGGUCCUCCGGUACCAGAGCAGCCGAGGGAGCGUCACCUCGGGCGACCAGGUUCUGGGAAACGUCAAGUCCCCGGGACCCGCCAACCAGCCCACCCAGCGGCGCACUUUAGACCUGGACGACCUCCGAGGUUUCCCAGAGGCCAAGGAGGGCAAAGAGCCCGCCAAACGACCCCUCUCUGAUAUCCCCCUCUCCAACGCCAUUGGGCGACGCCACACACUGUGUCUCCCGUCCGGUACGGCCAAGCAGGCGGAGGAGGAAGACGAGGUAUGGAUGCCGCUCAAAGAGAGAACUAGGCCUUUGUUAGGAGACCUGGGGAAGAUGAAGUCGUUGGAGUCUGGGCUUUACGCCAGUCUGAUUACGCCGAGAUUGUUCGACGACUUGGAAGACAGGAGCCCUCCACCCAUGGAGGAGAAGAGGAGUAAAACAAAUUUUCCAUUUCCUCCUGUGCUACCAGUUGAAGAGUCUUCGAAACAAAGCCAGGCAGGGACAUCAAGUCAGGCCCUGGCAGGUAACCUUCCAAAGAAACCACAAAUUAGUCCUGACAAGAGUACAAAUGUCUGGCACAAGUCGGACAUUUUGGGAUUUUUCAAACGUCUCGGAAAUAGGAACAAACUGCCAAACACUAAUGAACCUGCAUAUAGCGACGGCACGGGAUCCUCUGUGUAACUGUAGGAUUUUAUUUUUGCAGGACAUCGCAUGUCCGGACAUUUAGACAUUAUCCAGACUAUCCAGACAUUUCAAUGACUUCUGCAGUGAUAAUUAAGUAAGUACCCAUGUCACCCAUGGCUGAUGUGCGCUAUUUGAUUUGGAAGGCUUAGGAGGUAGUGAGGAGACUAGAUAAAAGGGUUGUGUGGAAGUGACUGUAGAUGGUUACGCUGUAGGGCAGGAGUAUUUGCCACAUAUUACCACUUGGUGGCAGCAUGUUACAAGUACAACGCAUAACAAGAGAAACUGCAAAGACUGUAUAAGUUGAGAUGCCCUGCUCGGCAGUAAGAAAUGGCGUGGAAGGAAAGUGAUUUAAAGACAAUCAUUUUAAUUGAACAGUAAAUGGAAGUGGUUAAGCCUCAUCAGAUAUGGGUGUUCUUUAUACUACCGUAGGCCAGUUCUAAGCAUACAAUCGUUUUGCUGCUAGAGCUCAAAACACAAGCUUUUCAAGGAUCUUAUUUAAUUGAACACUUUUUUGUAUUUGCUUAGUUUGCUUAAAACAUAUCCGGGCUGCUCUGCUGAACUGUACAGAAGGCAUCCAUCCUUAAUAAAGUUUUGCAGGGCUUAGUGAGGUAUGGGAGCCACGUGUUGUUGUUAUCUCUAUUAUACAUCCUGCGUAAUCCAAAGCAGGGCCUACACCCCAGACUACAUUCAGAGAUGAUCAGCACUAGGACUGAAAUGGACAUGGGAUUAAAGUUGGUUCCUCAAAUCUAUGUAGUAAGUACACUCAAAUUGUAAAUAUUGUAACAAAGGGUGGUCACCGCCCGAUAUGAUGUGUCCCACAUUUAUGUUUAUUUAUGUAUUUUAUUUGAGGGGGUUUAUUUCCGAAAUAAAUACAUUUGAAACACUUGGA